AUGGCGACUCUAACGAAAGACCCUAUGGAUACAAAAUUUUACGGGGAGCGUAUAAUCCUAAAUGUUGGCGGGAUUAAGUAUGAAACAUAUAUUUCAACUUUAACGGCUUAUCCGACUACGCUGCUCGGAACAAUGUUUCAAGAGCGGAACAAAGCACUGCUCAAACCGACCAAUGAAAAUGAAUAUUUUAUUGACCGAGAUGGCUAUUUAUUUCGUCAUAUAUUACAAUUUUAUCGUAAAAGCAAAAUAAUUUUACCGGAAUCAGAUCCAGCUGUAACUCGCCGAGAUUUAGAAGAUGAAUGUGAUUAUUUCCAGAUCCCACAAAACGCACUUAUAACCGCUCCAGCUAUACCAUCGCAUCAAAUAUCUCCGAUUCGUAAAUUAGUUGUUGGCAAACUUGACGAUUUCGUCAAAGCUCUUGAAACAGUAAUGACUAAUGUUUCUACCACAAUGUUGAAACAUCAUUUUAGAGGUUUCAAUUCUACUACAACCAUGACAUUUGCUCAAGAAAGUUAUAUUGGUGGCAUAACGUCAAUAGUCAUCAAACCAAAACUUGAUUCACUAACUAGAUCAACAUGGAAAGUAAUGUCUCAUCAUGGUGCAAUAGGAUAUUUUUUGUUGGAUCAAUUUGGAGAGAAUAUCGGAAAUUAUUUGUCUAAUUUGAUGCCCGAAGUUAGUUGGGAAUUGAAUCAUAAGAUUUAUGGGGUUAGAGAAAGAUUUUAUGAAAUUACUUUGACUAUUGAUUACGAUUUUAACAGAGAAAAAACUCUAGCAGAUUCUUGCAUAGCUAAAAGAAAUUCAAUUAACCGCAAUUCAUUCAGUUUAUGUUAA